AUGAACAGCACCAUGGACAGCGACGGAAUGAGCAACUGCACCUUCAUGCCGUAUUACCUGCAUACCACCGGGAUGACCAUGCUGUACAUCAUUUGUUAUGGCGGGAUCCUGCUGCUCUGCGUCGGGGGAAAUGUGCUUGUCUCUUUGGUAGUUCUUCGAAAUCGGAACAUGCGGUCCGUCACCAACCUCUUCAUUCUUAACUUGGCACUAAGUGACCUGCUCAUCGGAGUGUUCUGCAUUCCAACAACUUUGAUUGAUAACCUGAUAUCAGGUUGGCCAUUUGGACAGUUCACAUGCACCAUGAGCAAUCUGGUCCAGGGAAUGUCUGUGUCAGCCUCAGUGUUCACACUGGUGGCUAUUGCCAUCGACAGAUUCACAGGUAUCGUGUAUCCAUUCAGGCAUCGUAUGAGACCCGUAAGUGCCCUGCUUGUCAUCUUCUUCAUCUGGCUGGCGGCCUUCGCCGUCAUCUGCCCCUCAGCUGCCACGCUGACCGUCAUCCGCCUGGAGGACACCUACAUGGUCCAGGACAACCAGACCUACCCUGUCUUUGUCUGCUUCGAGAACUGGCCCCGGUCAGAGAUGCGGCAGGUCUACACUAUGGUCAUCUUCAUUCACGUGUACCUCGUGCCUCUGGUGCUCAUCAGUAUCAUGUACGGCUGCAUUGCUGCCAAACUCUGCAACAACCUGAGGCAAGUGGGGAUCGCCGAAGUCAGGAGAACUCGUUCCCAGCGCAGGGCAAAGGUCAUCAAAAUGCUCAUCAUGGUAGCGGUUCUUUUCAUGCUGUCGUGGCUGCCACUGUGGACUCUGAUGUUGCUGACGGACUACGGCGAACUGGACAAGCAACAGAUAGACUUCCUCAGCAGCUAUGUGUUCCCUGUAGCUCACUGGCUGGCCUUUUUCAACAGCGGCAUCAAUCCUGUCAUCUAUGGUUUUUUCAAUAAAAACUUUCGGAGGGGGUUUCAGGGUGCUGUGGUCUGCAGGCACUGUGAUUCCGGAAGGACCACAGUGACCACAAUGCAUCGUGGAACCUUUCGUUUCUUGCCACAUAAAAGAGUGUGUGUUGAAAAACCUGAAUCUUGUGGGAGACAAAAACACAAUAGAUUGGUAGAUGUUCUUAAGAUUACCCCACAGGGUACUCAGGGAAUCCUCCUAGAGGACAUAAACACAAUUGCUGCUCGUAAUAAGGUCAUCACAGCCUGGGAGAAGUGA